GUCUCAGUCAGUGUCUCCGUCAGUGUCUCCGUCAGUGUCUCCGUCACAGAGUCAAACUGCUUGAUAAUUGAAUUGCUGGAUAUUGCAUCAUGGCAGGAAUGUGUGGACCUGAGGGCGUGGCGUCUUCUCGUCACCGCCGCUGCUCUUGCCUCUUUUUUUUUAUUACUGGCAUUCACACGACAUUGUUUGCUACUGGAAGUGAGUUUGCCUCCCACAAUCAGACGAGUGAUUAUUGAUGAUUGAUUAUUGAAUUGAUCUAUUGUUUUGUGAUUUGAUGUAUGUUAUUUCAAUCAUAUACAAAAUCUCAAUCUUAACUAACAGGUUGGAAAAUCUCCUGCGUGUGUGUUGGGAUUCUGUUGUAUUUAUAUAAUAAUAGUCCUUAGGUUACCUUAGGUUGGUGCCCAUCAUAUUUCUGCCUCCUCCUCCUUUCUCAUUUGUGUACUUUAUAUAUGUUCAGUAAGUCCAGACAAAUGGUCAAAUGGAUCCCUGGUUCCUCACACGUGUCACAUAUUCCACAUAAACCUUUAAAUGAAUAACUGUAGGACAUUAUUAUCAGGUCAAAGGUCAUUUACUCCACUCCCUCCACUGUCUGAUGCUAGACCCAGAGGUCUGGACACAGGACCACGUGCGGCAGUGGCUGGACUGGGCCAUCAAGGAGUACGUCCUGGAGGAGGUGGACGUCAUGCUCUUCCAGGCACUCGACGGAAAAGCCCUGUGCAAGAUGACCAAGGACGACAUGAUGCGUCUCACGUCAGCCUACAACGCAGACAUGCUUCUCUCGCACCUCAAUUACCUCAGGCAGAGUAGCCCUACAUUCUCAUACUCCACAACUCCAACCAACAACACACCCCCACAACAACCCAGACUACAGGUGAAAGCAGAGAGCGACUUUGAUGAGAUCAGCCGCAGAAACAGCUGGCCUGCAAACACCAUGACUGCGGUGCCCAAAGGUUCUUCCAUGGAGCACCAUCACAGUACAAGGGUGACGGAGCCGGCUCCAAGAAUUGUCCAAGACCCAUAUCAGACACUAGGGCCCCUAAGCAGUCGAUUAGCUAACCCAGAAGGCCAAGCCGUCAGCUCAUCCAAGAACCGAACAGGCAAACAAAGUCCAUACAAGCUCCCUGACCCCAGCGCUCACAGGCCUGUGGGUUCGGGGCAGAUCCAGCUGUGGCAGUUCCUGCUGGAGCUGCUGUCCGACAGCAACAACGCUGGCAUCAUCACCUGGGAGGGGACCAACGGCGAGUUCAAAAUGACCGACCCUGAUGAGGUAGCCAAGCGCUGGGGAGAGCGAAAGAGCAAGCCCAACAUGAACUACGAUAAGCUGAGCCGCGCCCUGCGUUACUACUAUGAUAAAAACAUCAUGACGAAGGUGCAUGGAAAGCGCUACGCCUACAAAUUUGACUUCCAAGGCAUCUCACAGGCGCACCAGAACCACGCAGCAGAAGGUGGGAUUGUCAAGUACCAGACGGAGAUGUCUUACGUGCAGCCCUACCACAGCCACCAGCCCAAAAUGAACUUCAUGGGUGGACACCCUUCACCUAUGCCCGUCUCCCCAGGCAACUUUUUUGCCUCUCCAUCCACAUACUGGAACUCCCCCAACAGCCCCAUCUACCCUGGGUCAGCCAUGACCAGGCAUCCCGCCACUCACUCCCACCUGAGCUCAUACUACUGAGGAGAAGACACUGAACCGCUGACAGGGAUCACACCUGCAGGACGUACCUGAGCUGAACCCGAUCUGAAGAUCUGAUGAUAUGACGCUACAGUGUGCUCUGUACGGGCAUUAUGAAGUUGUCUUUGUCACAUCUACCCUUACACAUGGACAAACAUGAACGUAAAGGGUCGAUGUCUUACUCCUCCUCGAGUUUUCUGAUUACACUCAAGACAUUAUAUUAACGGUGAUACAGUUAUAAUACCAAGUUUGUUUUUUAUUGUUUGAUAGUAAGCUGUUGUAAAGUCUAAAGUCAUCAUCUUUACAGUGUGAUUGCCACAAUAGUUAGCAUAACUGUAAUUUUCACAUCCAGUGGGACUGACAUUUGUAAAAGACAAGUUGUACAGAAUAAUUGUUACGUGUCAUUCGUGGUGUAAAGCUAAUAAAUGCUUGUAUCUGAA